AUGGCAGCACCUCUUGACCAAGCUAUUGGUCUGCUGGUUGUCACCUUCCACAAAUACACGGGCAAGGAUGGUGAUAAGAGCAGCCUAUGUAAGAAGGAGUUGAAGGAGCUGAUCAAGAACAAGCUGGCCAUUGGACUGAAACUUCAGGACAGAGAGAUACAGGCACUGCUUUUCAAUCUGAGCCACAAUGGGGAUGAAGUGUUGAACUUCCAGGAAUACGUCACUUUCCUGGGUGCCUUGGCAAUGAUUUACAAUGAAACUUUGGCUUUGUAG